AUGAGAGGAAUAUUUGGUAAAAAGUCCAACAACAACACUAACAACAACAACACAGGCGGCUAUAGUAAUGGCGAUGAUCUCAGUGAUGAUUCUCCUUCCUCACCUCGCCAAUCGCCAUUCACUUCUACAUCCUCUAGUAAUAACAACAACAACAACUCGAAUUCGGAUUCGGCCUCUUUAUCAUCGGCCGCCAAUGCACAAAAGCAACCGGCCUCUGUGAUGGGCACCUUUUGGAAGAGAGCAACGACUGUGGGAAAACACAAAAUCAUGAAAACCAUUGGAAAGGCAGAAGAAAUUGAAUUUCCAGAUGACUUUAUUCGUGCCAAUCAUGCCUUCAAAGACACCCAAACCCACUACAAGGAAAUGGAUAAAUUACUGAGAAAGUUCACCAAAUCCUCUCAGAAUCAUUCGGAAGAUGAGUUGAGUCUCGGAAUUCAAUUCAAGGAAUAUGCAGCCUCUUUGAAAUUGGACUAUGUCUCGGGUGAAUCGUUUGCUCCACCUCGUACCUUGUAUACCAAUUUGGAGGUGAACAAAAUGUUUAACAUGUUUGAUCAAUUGGGUUGUUGUUUGGAACAACUUUCAGAAUUGAGAAGUAAUAUGAACAAUGAUGUUUCGAGUAUCUUGUUGAGUAAGGUUCACGAAGCCAUGGAAGAAGGAGAUGCUUGUAAGAAUCUCAAAGAAUACUAUAGAGAGGCUGUGGUGGAACACAAUGUGGAUGUCACACGAUACAACACUCUCAAACAGAAAUCCAAUGAUUUGGUGAAAAUUAAGAAUGCUGAAAAGGAUGCUGAAGAGAAACAAAAAUUAGCAAAUCAAGUCCAUGAGAAUAUUAUGAAAGAAUUGCAAUAUCAAGAAGAACUUCGAGAUUAUGAAUAUUUGAAUGCCAUUCGACAAUUCAUUUCAGUCUAUAGAACUUAUUUCAUUCAAGGUUCACAAGUAUUGGAUGAAUUAGAGAGUCAUCUCAUUACAGGUAAAUCCAGAUCAGCCAUGCGUUCCUAUGAUGUGAAUGAUAUUAUUAAUUAUAAGGAAAUUCAGAAUCAACAAGUUCAACAACAAGUUCAACAAUCAAAACCUAAAAAACCAAAAGAAGACAAACAAGUAUUUGGUGUUCCUCUCACAACAGUCAUGAAGAGAGAACGAGAAUUGAAUCGUGACGUUGUUCCAAAUAUGUGUGUUGAUUUAUUCGAAUUUUUGGAAUUGAAAGGUUUAGACGUCGAAGGAAUUUUCAGAUUGGCCGGAGAAGUCGUCGGAGUGAGUUAUGUGAAAAAAAUGUAUGACCAUGGAAAGAAACAUUUGGAUUUGGGUACCAUGAUUGCAACCAAAGAAUUUAAAGACAUUCAUGUCGUUUCGAGUCUUUUGAAAAUGUAUUUGAGAGAAAUGCCUGAACCUUUACUCACCUAUGAAAGAUAUGAUUCCUUCUUGAAAUUAUUGCAAUUGAAAGAUGAGAGUGAAAUUGGUUAUGGAAUGCUCAAUUUAGUGAAACAGUUACCAAUUGAACAUGUGUCCUUAUUGGACAAAUUGAUGAGAUUUUUGAAAAAAGUUGCCGAUCACUCUGAUGUGAAUAGGAUGACCGUUUCGAAUUUGUCCAUUGUCUUUGGUGUGAAUAUUUUGAAAUCAGCCGAUAACAAUCCAAUGAGAAUGGCCAAAGACAGUCAAGCCAUUAAUAAGACAUGUGAAUUGUUGAUUAGUCUCUAUGAGGAUUAUAUUGGAAUUCAUGUGAAAGAUCAAAUUGAACAGUAUCGACAACAGAGAAUUCAGAAAUUACAAAGUAUCUCUGCUCAGAGUGAAGAGACCUUCUAUGAUCCUACCAUUAAUGAACCAUUUAAUGCAUUUGAGGAGGAAUCUAAAAAGAAGGGGUUCCUUCCACCUCCAUCAAGAACGCCUUCCAAUGUGACUUCACUUCCCAUUGGCUCGCAACCUCAAAGCAGUACUAGUAGCAGUAGUUCUGCCUCUUCACCAGGUUCUAAAUCAAUGCCAUUACCAUCGAGACCUCAACGUUUACCACCACAGCCGCCUAAACCAAAUCCAAAGCCAGGAAUAGCAACGACAACGACAACACCAUCAUCAACUCCACAAAUGCAUGGUACCAGCGCUAGUUUUAGUGGCGGACUCUUGCAAGAUGAGGGUGGUUUUGUAGAUGUGCCUUUUAACGAACAAGAUCCAUUUGCGCAGUUUGACAAUGAACAGAAAAAUAAGAAAGCCUCCAAUUUGUAUCCCAAUUUGAACAACACCAAAUGGGACGACCCAAAUGACUUUUUCUAG